AUGGGAGCCAACUACGCGGUUCGUUGCCUUGCAACAGUUUAUUUAUUCCUCCUGAUGUUGAUCGGUUGGAUAGGAGCAUGGCUUCUGCAGUUGGUUGUCAUUACUUUCACUUAUCCCUUUUGGACAAGCGAGCAACGCGCCGAUUGUUGUGCACUGAUCUUUCGAAUCGCCAACUUUUUGUCCUUAGACGCGUUAAAUCCAUUCUGGAAGAGCACUAUUUUGCGACCUUUCCCGAAUGUACAGGAAAAAAAAGUUCUUGUGGUGAUGAAUCAUCUCAGUGGUGCUGAUCCUUUUCUUAUGGUUCGUGUAUUGCUCCCACGUGACGCCGCAUGGGUUGCAAAAAAUGACCUCUUCCGUGUUCCUUUUGGUGGUUGGGCCAUGGCUAAUGGGGAUGAUCUUUGCGUACAAUUUAAGAACAAAAAAGCGGGAUUGGAAACGGUGAAGGGAACUGUUGCGCCAAUGAUGGAGGCAGCCCGCGCUAAGAUUCAUCGUGGUCGCAUGCUUGCUGUUUUUCCUGAGGGUGCUCGAAAUGACACUCCUGAGAAUGGAUUGAAACCGUUCAGGCCGGGGUUCUUCACAUUGGCAAAGGAAGAAGGUGCAACUAUUGUACCCAUUGCGAUUAGUGGAACGGAUGAUUGUUGGCCGAAGCACUCGUUUCUUAUGGACGUGGGUCAUGCGUAUUUUUCUUGCGGCGACCCCAUCGCAACGAAUAAUUUUAAUACAGUGGAAGAGUUGGUAGAUUACGUGUGGAAUGCGGUGACGGAUCUUCGUUCAACACACCCUUCAACAAAGGAGAAUAGUCACAAGGACCGCUAG